AUGCCCGGUAAAAGAGUCACUGUCCGGCAAGCGACAAGAUCAACCAUUCCUCGCCUGCUCGUCGGAGAUCACCAUACGGCCUCCACCGCUCUUCACCCGCUGAAAUACCAAGCCAUUCUUCGGCCAUGGCCGGCGUUUCGUAUGGAUGUGCAAGCAAUGGACGCGGCCAUGCGAUGGAGCAAUCGUACUGUUCACUAUACUGAGAGUUCACGACAUUUGGACGAGGAAAUCGUGCAUGUUGGGGACGAACACGGGGUACAAGGCCGCUUUCAACAGUCAGUGGGCUCCGUCAUAGGGCAUGUCUGCGCAGCACAAGGGAUCGAUAUACAUUUCGCAGAUUUCAAGUGCAUUGGGAGUCCCUAUACGAGUAUUCCAGACGUCAUUUUGAAAAGCACACACAAUGAGCUCAAAGCCGUUGGCGAGAUUAAAGUACCCUGGAUCAAGGAGCACUCCCUCAUUUUACGAUCCGAUGAUGAAGAGGAGCUUCGGGAGAUCUUGGCUCAACCCAUCAGAUACAUGCAAGACCUCAAUUGCAUGUAUGGUUUCCUGAGUACCUACGAUGAGACUAUCUUUCUACGGCAAAGAGAUGUUCAUGGUACUUGGAGGGUGGAAUAUUCUGAGGUUGUAAAAAGGUAUGACAGCCCAGAAAUUUCCUUGGCAACGCAUAAUUUCCAAGCGGUCUCAGUCAGGCAAUGUUUCCUUUAUUUCGCCACCAUUGCGAGUCAGCAAGGGCCGGUCUUCAAUAGCACACCCAAAGUACAAUGGGUAAAGCGUGUCACUAUAUGA